UUAACUUUAACAUAAAAAAAAUAAAAAACAGUUUCUCCAAGCAUCUCCUUCCUCCUCCUCCUCCUCCUCCUCGGUCCUCUCACAGUCUCCUCCUCUUAGAACACUAACAGCAAGAGCAGCGUCUUGUAGUUGUAGUUGUAGUUGUAGUUGUGUCCAUAGUCGCCGCCGCCUCUGCCACUGCCGACCACCUCCCCGUCUCUGGUGCUGCUAUUCUAGGUCGGACGCCUGCCUGCUCAUUAAGCCACUCUAAGCUUCUGUAAACCGUCACCGAAAAUUCGACACAUUACAAAAUUAUUGUGGCCAUAGCAAUAUGCUGAGGUCUCACGACAAUGUACAGUUCACUAAGCAGCCUUAUAUUGAGGACAAUGAACCUCGCCGAAUUGAAAGCAUUAAGUUUUCCAUGUUUUCGGCAUCAGAAAUUGGUAAAAUUUCUGAAAUUGAUGUGUUUCGAGGCGUUUAUUAUGAUGCUCAGAAAAAGCCUAUUGCUAAUGGUCUUUUGGACCCCAAAAUGGGGCCUCCAAACAAAAGUAGUGGUCUUUGCGCGACAUGCCAUGCAAAGUAUGAGGAUUGUCCUGGUCAUUAUGGAUGUUUAACUCUUGCACUACCUGUUUUUAAUAUUGGCUAUAUUGGUGCGAUUCUAGAUGUUCUGAAGUGUAUUUGCAAGUCUUGUUCACAUAUCCUGCUACCAGAAAAAGAAUGUAAAGAUUCUUUGAAGAGGAUAAGAAAUAUCAAGCUUGACUCACUGCAGAAAACUGAACUGAGGAAAAAGAUCAUAAAGAAGUUGUCAUCGAAACAGGAAGUGCAGUGCUUGAGAUGCGGAUACUUGAACGGAAAGGUGAAGAAGGGAAAAACUGCAUUGCAAAUAGUUCAUACUCGUCCAAAGCAGGAUAAAAAUCAAGAAGAUAGUGGACCCUCUCCUCCUUCUCUCAUAAAUCCACAUGAUGCCUUGUUAUUGUUUAAUCAAAUGCUGGAUCAGGAUUGCGAGCUGCUCUAUUUAAAUAAUAGACCUGAGAAACUUUUAAUUACCAACAUAUCUGUUCCACCAUUGGCCCUCCGUCCUUCUGUUUUUGUGGAUGGUGGGAUUCAAAGCAAUGAAAAUGAUAUUACCGAAAGGUUAAAAAGAAUUAUACAAGCAAAUGCUUGCCUUUCUCAAGGUCUGCAAGAUCCUAGCAACUCAUUUAAAGUUUUGGAUGACUGGGAUUACCUUCAAGUUGAAGUGGCUCAAUACAUAAACAGCGACGUACGUGUUGCUGUUUUACAAGGCCAACAACCUACGAAGCCACUGAGCGGGUUUGUUCAACGUCUAAAAGGAAAACAAGGACGCUUUCGUGGAAAUCUCUCUGGGAAGCGUGUAGAGUUUACUGGAAGGACCGUCAUAUCACCUGAUCCUAACCUUAAAAUCACGGAGCUUGGCGUUCCGCUGUUAAUGGCAUCAAUCUUAACAUACCCUGAAUGUGUCAACCGUCACAAUAUAGAAAAGUUGAGGCAGUGUGUACGUAAUGGGCCAAAGAAGUAUCCCGGUGCAAAGUUUGUUGUAGAGCCCAAUGGAGACAAGAGGGAUUUAUCAUUUUCUGGUAGGAAACGGAUUGCUGAUGAGCUGAAGUUUGGCUACAUAGUCCAUCGCCACCUAGAAGACGGUGAUGUUGUUCUAUUUAACAGGCAACCAAGUUUGCAUCGGAUGUCUAUCAUGUGCCACAGGGCAAAAAUAAUGCCAUGGAGAACUCUGAGAUUCAAUGAAUCUGUUUGCAAUCCAUACAAUGCUGAUUUUGAUGGUGAUGAAAUGAACAUGCAUGUUCCACAAACGGAGGAGGCCCGAGCAGAGGCUUUAUUAUUGAUGGGGGUUCAAAACAAUCUAUGUACACCAAAAAAUGGAACUAUUUUGGUCGCUUCUACUCAAGACUUCUUGACAUCGUCUUUUCUAAUUACCAGGAAAGAUACAUUUUAUGAUCGUGCAACAUUUUCUUUAAUGUGUUCUUACAUGGGGGACGGAAUGGAAAUCAUCGAUUUGCCAACUCCAGCCUUGGUCAAGCCAAUUGAGCUCUGGACGGGUAAACAGUUAUUUAAUGUUCUAUUACGUCCAAAUGCACAACUGAGAGUCUUUGUAAAUCUUAUGGUGAAAGAAAAGAUGUAUUGCAAACCUGAAGACAGGACGACCUCUUGCAGGGAGGAAACCAUGUGUCCAAGUGAUGGUUUUGUUUACUUCCGCAACAGUGAGCUAUUAUCAGGGCAACUAGGAAAAACCACCUUAGGGAAUGGAAACAAAGUUGGGCUUUUCUCUGUCCUUGUUCGAGAUUAUAAUGCGCAUGCUGCUGCUGCUUGCAUGAAUCGAUUGGCAAAAUUGAGUGCUAGGUGGAUUGGUAAUCAUGGGUUUUCAAUUGGCAUUGAUGAUGUCACACCUGGUAAACUUUUGGCUGAAGAAAAACAUUCCAAUAUAGUUGAGGGCUAUAGAGAUUGUGAUGGGUUAAUAAAAUCCUUCACCGAGGGAAAGCUGGCUCUCAUGCCAGGAUGUGAUGCAGCUCAAACUCUAGAGGCGCAAAUAACUCAAAAGUUGAAUAAAAUUCGUGAAACAGCAGGAAAGGUUUGCAUGAAAGAGCUCCACUGGAGGAAUAGCCCAUUAAUAAUGUCACAAUGUGGCUCAAAAGGUUCUCCAAUCAAUAUCAGUCAAAUGGUUGCAUGUGUUGGUCAACAAGCAGUUGGAGGGCGCAGAGCACCUGAUGGCUUCAUUGAUCGUAGUCUACCCCAUUUUCCAAGAAAUUCCAAGACUCCAGAGGCUAAGGGUUUUGUGGCUAAUUCAUUCUACACCGGCUUGACAGCUACAGAGUUUUUUUUCCAUACUAUGGGAGGCAGAGAAGGCCUUGUGGAUACAGCUGUGAAAACUGCUGACACUGGUUAUAUGUCACGUAGACUGAUGAAAUGCCUGGAGGAUCUAGCAGUUCAUUAUGACAUGACUGUUAGAAAUUCUAAUGGAACUAUUGUUCAGUUUUUUUAUGGUGAUGAUGGCAUGGAUCCGGGACAAAUGGAAGGGGCAGAAGGAUUUCCGCUGGAUUUCGAGAGGUUGCGCUUCAAAGUUGAGGCUACUUGUCCCACAGGGAAUCAUGUGAAACUAUCUCCUACAGAAAUUUCUGAAAUUGUAAAUAGGAGGCUUUUAGAUUAUGAUAUGAGUACUGGUGGUGGUUGCUGCGGUGCCUUCAAGUUAAAGUUAUUAGAAUUUUUUGAUAAAAUAACUAAAAGAAAGUGCUAUGUUUCUGAGCAGCAGCUGCAGGUGUUCUUGGAUGCUUGCGUAUCUCGGCUCCGUUUAAAGAGAAUUGAAGCUGGAACAGCAAUCGGAGCAAUUGGAGCUCAGAGUAUUGGGGAGCCAGGGACGCAAAUGACUUUAAAAACAUUUCAUUUCGCGGGGGUUGCCAGCAUGAAUGUGACCCUUGGAGUUCCUCGUAUCAAAGAAAUCAUUAGUGCAAGCAAAAAGAUAAGUACACCAAUUAUCAUGGCAAAACUUGAGGAUGAUAACAAUAUGAAGAUGGCGGAAAGUGUGAAAGGCCAAAUUGAAAAGACAUUGUUGGGCCAGGUUUCGAAGAGCAUAAAACUUGUUAUGUCAUCAAUUCGAGCGUCUGUAGUUGUUAAACUUGACAUGGAAAAGAUUAAUUCUUUACGGCUGUGUAUAAAUGCAUAUACUAUCAAGGAUAAAAUUGAAAGUUCCUUGGCAAAGCGCAAGAAUGAUAAACUGGAGGUUAAAGUUAUUGAUGAUGUGAAGUUGGCCAUCAUUCCGAAGGCUGAAAAGCUCGAGGCACAUUUUGUACUCCAUCAACUUAAAAAUAAGCUUCCCACUAUCGUCGUUAAGGGUAUCAAUACCAUUGAACGAGCAAUUAUUGCUGAUGAGGAAGGGAAGAAAGGGAAGCUCAACUUAAUAGUUGAAGGGACGGGGCUUAGAGAGGUCAUGGGGAUUCCAGGAGUUGAUGGAUGCAAGACAGAUAGCAAUCAUAUUAUGGAAUUACAACAAACUCUUGGAAUAGAAGCAGCAAGGAGUGGUAUCAUCAGAGAAAUUAACAAGGUCAUGCAAAGUCAUUCUAUGGAUAUAGACAUACGCCAUAUGAUGCUUCUAGCUGAUGUGAUGACAUUUAAGGGGGAGGUUUUGGCUGUUACUAGAGUUGGAAUUGCUAAAAUGAAAGAAAGUAUAUUGAUGUUGGCAUCUUUUGAGAAAACUGCUGAUCAUCUUUUCAACGGUUCUGUGAAUGGGAGGGAGGAAAAGAUUGAAGGAGUUAGUGAAUGCAUCAUCAUGGGCGUACCAAUGCAGAUUGGCACUGGGAUUUUGAACAUAAGGCAGAGACUUGCUUUGCCGGAACUCAAGUAUGGACCAGAGCCGAUAAUUGCUUGACUUAUUAAGUCAAAGACAAUGAUGAAACAAGCAUCAUAAACUCAAUAUUUCAAGUUCAAAUGCUACCUUACAGUUGCCUGAUAUUUUUCCCAGGAACAGUUUGUUUGCACAAAAUCAUAUGGGAGCUGCUGGAAAUAUCAUUCCAAGUCAGAGAUCUGCAGAACAGUUAAUAAUGUUGUGAGGUUAAUCGAAUCAGAAAAUCUCAUGGUUUCUCAUUAUUGCUCGGGUUCAUGAGGAAUAUAAAUCUGUAAUUGUCAAAUUCGUUAGAGUAAUUCAGUUAGUAUAUCCAUAGUCUGAGGAUAGCAUUAGAGUAGUCUGGAGGUGUUCCGGAAGCUAAAGCUCAUAUAUUGAAACUGGAAUUCUUAUACACAGCAAUCAUAUUUUUUUUAUUUUCUUUUGGAUACUGUUCCCGGAAACAAGCGUGAUACGGGUUUAGUUUGGCAGCAGAUGAGGCUACAGUUUGCAGAUGAUUUACAAGGGUUUUGUUAUUAUUGCAGUAUUCUAGAUACUGUAAUUCCAGUGUAGAAUCUGCAAAAUAGUGAAUUUACUGCCGCAAAUACGAGGAGAUGAAUUGAAUUGUGAUGCUGCAUCAGAUAUUCAGAUUUUAUUACUUUUAACCUCGUGUAAAUGUUUUCAUUUUAGCUUUCUCAAAGUGGUUUCUGGUGUUUUGAACACUGAAAUAUCAGAGAUUAACUAUUGUCAAUAAACAUCUGUGGAAAAAAGAACAUAGUGAGAUAAUAUAUCUAGUUUUUGCAGUGACUGAGAUAUUCAUCGUUUCAUCUAAUAUAUGUUAAUUUCGAAUUUGUA